CCCGAGGCUCUCCUCAGCACCCCCCGACCUCCCACGUCAUGGCUUCCCUCCUGCUCAGGACCCUCCUCCUACUGCUAGCCUCCAUCCAGGGCUCUUUGGUCCUUAGCUCCAAGAUCGUGGGUGGCAGACCUGCCCUCCCCCACUCUCGGCCAUAUAUGAUCUCCCUGCAGAUUCUAGGGAACCACUUCUGUGGGGGCACCUUGAUCCACCCUCAGUUUGUGAUGACAGCAGCCCACUGCGUUGACAAAAUCCCCCCCGAAAUGGUGACGGUGUUUGCGGGAGUCCAUGACCUGACAAACCCUGAGUCCUCCUGGCAGGCGUUCAGCGUCCAGCGUUUCUAUACAAAUGACUACAAUGAAAACCAGAUACUCAAUGACAUCGCACUCAUUCAGUUGGACCGUCCAGCCUCUCUGAAUGCCAACAUCCAGGUGGUUCCGCUCCCAAGACAGGGCCAGUCACUACCGAUGGGGACCCAGUGCCUGGCCAUGGGCUGGGGGCGACUGGGAACAGAGUUGCCCAUCUCCAGCGUCCUGCAGGAACUGAACGUCACCGUGGUGACCUUCCUAUGCCGGGAGCAUAACAUCUGUACGCUGGCACCCCGUCAGCGAGCGGGCAUCUGUUUUGGGGAUUCUGGAGGCCCUCUCAUCUGCCAGGGAACGGUCCAUGCUGUGGACUCCUUCAUCAAAGGGGGAUGCGCCUCUCAGAGAUUUCCAGACUUCUUUGCCAGAGUGUCCCUUUACGUGAACUGGAUCAACAGUAUCCUGAGACGUGUGGAGGAGGGGGAGGAGAAGAACGAAGACUGGCAAUCCUCAGGCAGCCCCAUGGGCAACCCUUAACUGACCCUUCCCCUGCAAGCCUCCCCAACAUCCUCUGCUCCUGGGAUGAGAGACCUGGG